CUUGAUAUAUUGGUGAUGCAUGGGAGUUCUGCCUUUAUGUUCAUGUAUUUAACGCUGCCUUAUCAAUUUGUUUACCAAUUUCUAUUCAGAAGAUAAAUUGGAGGACGCUACCUAGUUUAGGGAAUGCGUCUUUAUCCAGGAUUUUUGCUUUCAUACUCAUUUUUUAUCUUAAAAAGAAUCCCGAUUACGCCUAUAUUUAGCCCUUUUAAUUUCAGAAAUUCCUAGUUUUCCUCUCGCCUCUUCGCAUUGUAUGCUUUCGGUUGUUCGAGGGGCCGGUCGAGGGUGUCUGAUAUCUUGUCGAUACGCUGGAACCAAAUAUACAUCCUCUGCCGAUGUGGUAGUUUGUGGAGGUGGCAUUGCGGGUACCUCAGUCGCCUAUCAUCUUGCUAAACGAGGAAAACGUGUCUGCCUUUUUGAGAAGGAUGCAGUAGGUUGUGGAGGUGCCACCGGCAUUAGCGCCGGUCUGGUAACGGCACCAGUUUUCUUCCAGCAUGCCACUACGCGACAUCUCGCUCGAAAAUCUUUGGAUUUAUAUACAGAACUUGCUCAAAUAGGACGUUUUAAGUUUACUAAAUGUGGAAGAGUCUUCUUCGCUACAAGCAAACCUAACGAGGUUAUGCUCAGGCGAAUGUAUUCUCGAGGAGCCAUCGAAAAUGAUGCUAUCGAAUUGAUUGAUUGUCCUAGCGAGAUGCUCGCUAGGUGGCCAUUUCUUCAAACUGAAGAUAUACUGCUAGCCCUGUUCUCACCUGAAGAUGUGGCAUUAGACCCUGUCGCUUUGAGUCAGGAGCUCGCGAAGCAAGCUCAGUUAGCUGGUGCUCAAGUCUUUGAAAAUUGUGCAGUCCAAGAAGUGUUGCUGGGAGAUGAACGCCAAGUGUAUGCUGUCAACACUGGAAAUGGUUUGGUAGAAACACCAAUGUUUGUUGACGCUAGCGGCAUAUGGACUGGAUCAGUGCUAACGAAACAAUUACCGUACCGCCAUGUCCAGACAGCAGCUUAUCCUUGCACAUACACCUAUAUACAUAGCAGUAAAUUACCCACAAGCAGUGUAUCCGACAAAACGCCAAUUUUUAAUGAUCUUGAUGGUAAAAUAAUGAUCCGUGCUACUGCAUUCAAAACGUUGUGUGCUGGCUUUACUGAGGAAGGUAUACGACCACUAGCACGGAGUAACGCAGCACAUGGUGUCUGGACACAUCCCGAGGGUGAUUGGGAUCUAUUUGGUACUUCAUUGGAAAAGCUGCUACAUCGAUGUCCGAUGCUUGGUGAGAUUGAACAUGGAGAUUUGAUAUGUGGUAUGGAAGCGUAUACACCGGAUAAAGCACCUACGGUUGGCGCUAGCAGUCAGGCUCGUGGAUACUACGUAGUGAAUGGGCUAAACGGUCAAGGCCUUUCUUUAGCUGGUGGCCUUGGAGAUUUAGUGGCCAACUGGAUAUGUGAUGGUAUCCCAGAAAUCGAUGUAGCAAACCUGGAUGUGGGCCGAUUUCUAGAAUUGCAUGCAAAUUCGCAGUAUCUAAUGGAGCGUGCACCGGAGAUCGCAGCAAUGACCUACAGUAAUAUGUAUCACUCACAUCAAUUCCAUACAGCUCGAAAUCUUCGCAUGUCACCAAUUUAUCAUCAUCUUCGAGAUGCCGGUGCUGUAUUCGGAGAGAUUAUGGGCUAUGAAAGGCCUUUAUGGUUUGUGCAAUUUCCCGGGCCAGAUCGAAACGCACUAUUUCAAGGACAGGAUGCUCUAGUUGGAAAACCGAUUUGGUUUGACAGCGUUGCUGUUGAAUAUGAAGCUUGCCGUGAACGUGUUGGACUCAUUGAUAUGAGUAGUUUUACCAAAUAUGACAUCACGGGACCAGAUGUCGUGAAAUUUUUGCAAUAUCUCUGCUCAGCCAACAUUGACAGACCUAUAGGUACCACAGUGUACACUGGUAUGCAGCACGCAAAAGGUGGCUAUGUCACGGAUUGUACAUUGAGCCGAUUGUCCGAAACAAGCUAUUUUAUGGUGGCCCCAACGAUACAACAGGAACGAUGCAUGACUUGGAUGAAGCAUUGGGCUAAAAAGAUGAAUGCUAAUGUCCAUAUUCAGGAUGUGACUGGAAUGUACACGGCCCUAAAUGUUGUGGGACCAUCUUCGCGAUACCUGAUGGCAGACGUGACAGAGAUGUCCAUGAGUACUACAGAUUUUCCUACGUUCCGAUGUCAGGAAAUCAACAUCGGCAUGGCGACGGGCAUACGAGCAAUCAGUGUUACCCAUUGUGGAGAACUUGGAUGGGUUGUAUAUAUCCCGAAUGAGGUCGCGCAAAAUGUUUACGAGCGGAUUGUUGAAGCAGGGAAGGAAUACAGUCUGCAUCACGCUGGAUACUAUACUCUGCGGCAGCUUCGGAUUGAGAAGUUCUACGUGUACUGGGGCCAGGAUAUCGAUGCCACAGUUACACCUGUUGAGUGUGGAAGGUCGUUCCGCGUCGACUUCAAGAAAGACUUCAUCGGCAAAGAAGCACUGUUGAAGCAAAUUGAACGAGGUGUGUCAAAACGAUUUGUUCAAUUAUUGGUGGAUAUGCACGACAAGGAGACUGACCCAUGGCCUCAAGGAGGCGAGACUUUGUUCAGAGAUGGCAAACCAGUGGGUCAAACAACAACGGCAGCAUAUGGAUUCACACUUGGAUGUCAGGUUUGCACUGCAUAUGUGGUGAAUAACGAAUUCGGAAUAUCGGCUGAUUUCCUGAAUCGAGGCAGCUAUGAGCUUGAAAUCGCUGGAAAACGAUUUCCUGUUCGAGUAAAUCUGCAUUCACCUUCACUACCGAUGAUCUCGUCGGAGCACCCGUUGCAUUAUCGACCGACGCAAUAG